UGAAAGAUUACUCCUGCUCUAACUUUGAAUUAAAAAUGGUCACGCCAAGAGGGAGCGGGGUUGGUAGGGAGAGAUCAAAGCCCGAAAACUUCCGCUGAGUUAUCGUUUAUUCUACUCCUUGUGUGGAGAUAAUGUCAAAAGCAGAUAGUAGGAAGAAACCUGUUGGGAAUGCAGGAACUUCGAAGUUUUUGAAUGACCUUGACACUAUAAGUAAAUCCCUGUAUUCAGAUAAAACACAGCCAACGGACGCAAUUUCUAUCAUUAGUAGUAGAUCGAAGUCUGUAAGAAAACCACAUUUGCUUGAACCCAAAACGAAGCUGAAGGAUGCCAGCAAAAACGCUAAAGAUUCAUUUGACAAGGAUAAGAAGUCCAUUUGGAGUUGGAAGGGUAUAAAGGCCCUGACCCAUGUCAGAAAUCGCAGGUUCAAUUGCCGUUUCUCCGUCCAAAUCCAUUCCAUAGAAGGGUUACCCGCAUUUUUUGAUGAUGCUAGUCUUAUCGUGCAUUGGAAGAGGCGGGAUGGUGAGUUAAUGACGUGCCCAGUUAGAGUUUGUGGAGGAGUAGCUGAGUUCCAGGAACAAUUGUCUCAUUUAUGCUCUGUCUAUGGUAGUAGGAGUGGUUCCCAUCAUUCAGCAAAGUACGAGGCAAAGCAUUUCUUAUUGUAUGUCUCAGUAUAUAAUGCUCCCGAGCUUGAUUUAGGUAAGCAUCGGGUUGAUUUAACAAGGUUGCUUCCUCUAACAUUAGAGGAAUUGGAGGAGGAGAAGAGCUCAGGGAAAUGGACAACUAGUUUCCGAUUGUCAGGUAAAGCUAGAGGUGGGACUAUGAAUGUUAGUUUUGGUUACGCAGUAAUUGGGAGCAAUAGCACCGAGUUUUCUAGCAACAACUAUGUUUCCACCCCUGAGGGAUUGCUGCGGAAUAGUUCAAGUGCAACAAAACUCCUUGGACAAUUCGAUCAAAUGAAUGAGCUAAGUAUUCUGCAAACAGGAAGCCUUCCUGCAAAGUCUUUUACCUCAAAUCUGUCUGCUGAAGAUAUAAAGGAUCUUCACGAGGUAUUGCCCAUAACAAGGUCGGAACUCUCUGACUCGAUGAAUAUACCAUGUCAGAAACUUGACAAAGAGAUGUCAAAUGCUUCAGUUAAUUAUAAAUCAGAGACUCUUCCUUUUUUUGAGCCUGUUGAGCCUCUUAAAUUAGAUUCAUCUAUACCUCCUGAUGCAGUAAAGGGUAGUCCUGAAACUGAAUGCAAAAUUGGUGAAUAUUCUGUCUUAGAGCAAGAGAGAGAGGAGUUCACAAGGGAACAAGUGGAACCAAAAGGCGAUAGGUCAAAGGCUGUUCAAGAUUCUGUAGGAAAGAGUCCUGAAACCAACAGUGAUGUUGAGCUACUCGUUAAUCCAUCGGUUGAAAAAGUUGGUUGUCAAACAGAUGAACCAUCGGUAAGUGACUGCAAUUUUAUACAGAAUGAUGAGUGCACUAAAGAAUCAAUAAUGAAAGAACUGGAGUUGGCUUUGAGUUCCACCUCAGAUUUGAUGAAAGGAUUAGAUUCACAAGAAGAUGAAUGUGAUAUUUCAGACCAAGAAUCUAAUUCAGAGACUGAGUUAAAAUACAGCAAUCUUAGGAAGGAGAGAUCACAGAGUUUGGACGAUAUUACUGAAUCUGUUGCUAAUGAAUUCUUUGACAUGCUGGGGAUAGAUCACAGUCCAUUUAGCUUGAGUUCAGAAAGUGAGACCGAGUCCCCUAGAGAACGCCUAUUAAGGCAAUUUGAGAAGGAUUGUCUUGCCAGCGGGAGUUCCUUAUUGGACUUUGAUGUUGAAAACGAUACUGUAGAAUUUUUUACUCAUGCUCCUACAGCUUCUGGGUGGGGGACCAUCUCCGAUGACUUUCAUAACUCGGCAAUGGUACAGGACUACGAGGAGAGGCUUAAGAUAGAAACUGAGGCAAUGAUGACUAAAACAAGGGCCACAAUAUUGGAAGACUUGGAGACUGAAGCUUUAAUGGAUGAGUGGGGCUUAAAUGAGAGGGCUUUUCAACAUUCUCCACCUAGCAGCUCGGGUGGGUUUGGGAGUCCAAUUGAUGUACUUCCCCAGAAUCCUCAGCAGCUGCCUCCCCUUGCAGAAGGUUUGGGUCCUUUUGUUCAGACUAAAAAUGGAGGGUUUUUACGCUCAAUGAAUCCUGUGCUUUUCAGGACAGCAAAAAACAGAGGGAGCUUAAUUAUGCAGGCGUCCAGUCCAGUGGUGGUGCCUGCUGAAAUGGGUUCUAGCAUAAUGGACAUUCUUCAGGGUUUGGCCUCUGUUGGUGUUGAAAAGCUCUCAAUGCAGGCAAAUAGGUUGAUGCCUCUUGAAGAUAUAACUGGGAAAACAAUGCAACAAUUAGCAUGGGAAACUGUACCCAGUCUUGAGGGACCCGAGAGGCCAUCUUUCUUGCAGCAUGAAAAUGAAAUUAUGCAAAAUGUGUCUGGUGAGCAAAAGAGAGUAAAAGAAACUGCCAGAUCACAUAAGGUCGAAUCAAAUUCAAUUGGCAGUGAUGCUGAAUAUGUACCCUUAGAAGAUCUUGCUCCUUCGGCGAUGGAUAAGAUAGAAGCUCUUUCAAUUGAGGGUUUGAGAAUACAGUCUGGCAUGUCGAAUGAGGAUGCACCUUCAAACAUCAGCCCACAAAACAUUGGUGAAUUUUCAGCCCUCAAGGGAAAUACAGUCAAUGUCAGUGGCUCCAUUGGUCUCGAUGGCACUGGUGGACUGCAACUUCUGGAUGUUAAAGACAAUGGUGAAGAUAUCAAUGGAUUGAUGGGUCUGUCUUUAACACUUGAUGAGUGGAUGAAGCUGGAUUCUGGUGAAAUUAAUGAUGGAGAUCUCAUCAGUGAGCAAACUUCUAAAAUAUUAGCAGCCCAUCAUGCUACUUCUUUAGAGUUGUUUCGUGGAAGAUCUAAGGGGGAGAAGAGACGGGGAAAGGUUAGAAAGUUUGGUUUGUUGGGUAACAACUUCACUGUCGCACUAAUGGUACAAUUGCGUGAUCCUUUAAGGAACUAUGAGCCAGUUGGUACUCCAAUGCUGGCUCUUAUUCAAGUUGAGAGAGUGUUGGUUGCGCCAAAACCUAAAAUCUACCAUACGAUUCCGAAAUUAAGAAACUGCGAUGAAGAAGAUCAAGAAGAAGAGCCCGAGACUUCUAAAAUUGAAGGCAUAGUUGAUGAGCCUGAAGAAGACAAAAUCCUCGAAGAAGAACUCGUUCCUCAGUACAAAGUCACUGAGGUUCAUGUUGCAGGUCUUAAAGCCGAGCCAGGAAAAAAGAAGUUAUGGGGUUCAUCUAAUCAACAACAGUCCGGUUCCCGUUGGUUGCUCGCGAAUGGAAUGGGAAAGAAGAAUAAGCAUCCCUUAAUGAAGUCAAAGGCUGUUGCUAAAUCUUCUGCACCAGCUUCCUCUUCUUCUUCUUCCCCAGUGACAACUACAGCAAAUCCUGGCGAUACCUUGUGGAGCAUCUCAUCUCGUGUUCAUGGAAACGGGGCUAAAUGGAAAGAACUUGCUGCCCUUAAUCCUCAUAUUCGAAAUCCAAAUGUCAUCUUCCCAAAUGAAACCAUCAGAUUGCACUAAGACUGCGCUGUCUGUCUGUCAGAUUGUAUUUUGCACUAGUUAGACGGUCUUAUUUGGGAAAUUGGGUAAUAGACAAUGUGACAAAACUGGGUUUCGAACUGUUGGAAUUGGCUGUAAGUCGAACAAGGGACUCUUGAUUCAAUUGAACGUAGUUUUGUGUUUUUCUUGUUUAAA